AUGAAAGUAGUAUAAUUUAACAAUGGAUUGUAUUAUGGACAACUUGAUUACUUUCACAAAAAGAUUGGCUUAGGGGUAUAUGUUUAUGAUGACUCUACCCUUUAUUAUGGAUAAUGGAAAAACGAUCUUUAUAAUGGCGAAGGAUUGAUUGUAUUCCCCUAUGGUGCAAUUUUGAAGGCCACCUUUAAGAACCAUUCCAUAGAUGGCAUAGGACUCUUGAUAACCAACAAUGAAGUCCUGAUUGGAGAAUAUCAAAAUUCUGUUUUAAUGAAUAAAGCAUUGCUCUUCAAUGGGAAAUAAUGGAAAUUGAGAUCAUUUUUCAAAAAUGGCCAAUUCGAAGAUGUGGAUUGUCAACCUAGCAAAGAAUAAAAACUAUUCUCGGAAUUCAUUAAGCAAUACCCCUCACUCUAUAAAAGCAAACUCUUGUUAUCUUUGGUUGGGUUUACUAUGCAUGAAAAUUAAAUGUUCAUUGGGGAGUUUAAGAACAACAAACUGGAUGGGUUUGGUAGGAUCUUGGACUUCGACAAAAGAGUACUGGAGGAUGGUUAUUAUAAGAACGGAUUGUUGCAGAAGGGCUUUAGAUAUUACGUUGAAAACAACUCAUUCGAAUAGGUUUAACUUGUAUUUGAACAGGGAUCAUUUGAUUAUAAGAUAAUGAUGAAAGGAGACGAUUUUCCCAUUGAAUUGAUUAAGAAACAAAGAGCACUUAUGCAUCUCACAUCUAAGUAAUUCAUUAGCAAAUCCUAAGAAAUUCAUUACUUUCACAGUAGAUAUCAAAAAUGUAACCAUCAACUCAAACCAUUACUAAAAAUUACUUUGAAUCAAUUUAUUAUAGAAGAGGACGUUUCAAACGAGGGGGAGACAAAUAAACCAAUUGAACAUGUUAGGAAAGCCUCAUUUCACAAUGAAAAGAAUAAAUAGUUGGAUGAGCAGACAACCAUCAGAACCACAUCCUUCCACGAAAAGAAUAGAUAAUUUGAAUUAGACAUGUGUAAGAUUGAAUUUGAAAAUGCCUUAAGACCUUAGCAUUCAAAUGUAAGAUAGCCAUAAAGAAAGAGGAUAUUUGAUAAACAUAAUUUUUGA